CGGGAAACAUUUAGCCGUGGCGGCUCUCGGCUUCAUGUAUCAUCCCUGGUUUUAAAUACAGGUUUAAAACAAGGGAAUUUCGCCGCAUUUAGGUCUGCAGGAAUAACAUCCGGUCACGAGUCCGAACUUCAAAAUAAAGCUCCGGCUGGAAGGAGGAAGUUCUGGGUGUUCAGAAUUAGAAACAUUACUACACAAAGUGUGUUUUUAGAGUCUAAGAGUUUUUAUUCUGUAGUAUCCAAGGGUGUCUCUGGAACUUACAUUAUUAAGGGAUAGCCACUUUAGUUCAGGCUAUUUUACACGGAAUCACGUUACAGCACGUUUGACUGACCGCUCUCCUCAGCGAGCCAAACAUGUUGUUUUUGCAGCUUAUAACCUGUUUUUCGUUAAUGCUAAUUUGUUUAGCAGAUGAGACGAAAUUAAAAGAAAAAGCCGCUUCGAAACCCGUGAGGUUGUUCACCGACGAAGAGCUGAGAAAAUACGAUGGAACUGAGGAGGGGCAGCCUAUUUACAUGGCCAUAAAAGGUGUGGUGUUUGACGUCACGUCUGGAAAAAAGUUUUAUGGGAAAGGUGCACCUUAUAAUGCUCUUGUAGGGAAGGACUCAACCAGAGCUGUGGCCAAAAUGUCACUUGAUCCUAAAGAUCUGACACAUGAUGUAACUGGCCUUACUGAGAAAGAGCUUGAGUCCCUGGAGAGCGUAUUUACUGGAACGUACAAAUCAAAGUACCCUAUAGUGGGCUACACCAGCAGACGAAUUCUCAAUGAGGAUGGCAGUCCCAACGAGGACUUCAAACCAGAGGACCAGCCAAAUUUCAGUGUCAGAGCUGAGCUUUGAUACUUUAGAUAAACAGGAACAUUUAGCCCUCAGCAGUUCUAAUGGUUAGAUGUCCCAGACUGAUUAAUCCUUACUGUCUUUGUGUGAGGUAAGAUUCCUAUCUAACAGUGUGACCGCAGACAGAUACAUUUUUCAUGAUGUUUCUCAACACUGGGUUUUUAGCAUUUGUUAACACCAUCUCUAAGAACAUCUGACCUUUUCUGACGGCGUGUUCUAAUGUCAGAAUAAAAAGGUACCUGUUGUAACUUCAUGUAAUCCAAUUAACACAGUAAUAGGUUGUAAUUCUGAAGUAAUGGUAAUGAAAAGUACAGCUACAUGUACAUCUAAAGUAGUUUUUACAGCAGUUCAUUAUUGUUGUAACAUGAUAAUAGGAAAUAUUUUUAUAGGAGAUUAUUAUAUGAUGUUAAACAGUUUCACCCUGUCUGGGAAAGUAAAAAUGUUCUGUGUUUCCAUUUAUUCUUAAGGUACUAUGGGGAAGUUUGGUAUUGUUGUGUACUACUUUAUACAUUGCACCUCUCUCAUUUCUUUAAAAGAUGGGAAAUGAAUGUAAAUUCUUUACAAUUCUGAAUAUUUAUCUUUUUUUAUUUUCAAAUGUAGCAAUAUUUCAGUAUACAGCACCAUAUUGUUGUACUUUAUCUAGACGCGUCAUACUUUUGCCACUGCGUACUGUACGCAGCCGUCUAGUGGUUUUAACCUGAUGCGCUCUGGGUGGUCUGGCUACCCACACUCUAGUAAAGGAAUGAUGCACGCUAUGUGGGUCUCCUCUGUGGGUUUUUCCCUGGUGGGCUGCCUUGAAGGUCAUUCUAAGCUGUUCACCCACCUGUGUGAUAUUAAAAAAGUCAAAAGCAACAAACAGCAAAUUAUUAGUCAUAACAAAAUCUCCAAAAUUACAACUACAUAUGGGGGGGGGCAUACUUCGUUCUCUAUUUAAUGUAUGUUAAUGUAAUUAAAGGAUCGUAUUCCAAGUAAUUUUGAGACGUUUCUAUUGGUCGAUUCGUCAUGAAAUGUUCGCACAAUGUAAAGGGCAGCUGCUGUUUUAAAAUACUACUUAAAUGGCAAAUGAAAAUGGAAAAAUACAAGGUUUUGAUCAUGACAGCGAUGAAAUGAUUAUAUGAAUUUUGGUACAUGUUUGUUUCAGUCUUUGAAAUAGUGCAUAACUUUACUCGUGAUAUUUUUUUGUUCAGCCUUUAAAUAACUUGCUUUCUCAUAAACUAGCGGUGCAUGACUGGGAAAGUUAGGUGAUUCACUGCUGAAAUCACUGCUGUGAUAUCACAAACCGAACAUACAAACAAGCCUGAGGUCUCUCUUUUUGGUAUUUAUAUUCAUGCCCUGCUGAAAUGUCCAGCUUUACAGUGUGCAGUCCAGGCUGUGUUUUUGUUCUGUUUUAUUUAAAGCACCAUAGUUCAUAAUGGUCUGUGUUGAUUGUUUUUUUUUCGAUUCUGUUAUCACAAAGCAUUUAUACAAUAAUAAAUAACACUCCACUUCAUAA